UGGCCACAGAAGUAAAAAUCGUAAAUGACUCCGUGACAUGUUUUAGCCAAUAAGUGAUCAAAAAGGGGGUUAAAGAAUGCCGAUUAUUUACAUAAAUAUUAGGCCUUGAAAACUCACUGUAAUUUGUCCUUGAAAAAUCCUUGAAAAGUCCUUGAAAUUGUUUGUCUGAAGUAAGUUGUACGAACCAUGUUACAUUUAUCACAAAUGACAGAUGAUCAGUUUGAUGAGGAAUCUAACCAAGACGAGAGGUUAAGCUUAACAGAAGAAACCACUUUUGAGCAGGCGGAUGAAAAUGGCCAGAUUAAGGAUGGUGAGAUUCAAAGCCUUAUAAAAGUCUAAAUACAAAUACUUUCUAGCUACUUUUUUAGUAUUUUCUUACUAGUCAAACAAAAAAGUGUUACGUUCUAAUUCGUUCGUUCACGGCUCAAUUUCAAAGGAAAAUAGAGCGUUUUCACAUGACGUCACGGCGGCCAUAUUGGUGUUCCAAAACAAUGAAAUGGCGGCCACGUUGGUGUACCAAACCAAUCCUGUGAGAGUUGAACUCCCUUUUUAUGCAAAAGAUUUCUUUUGUUUCAAUAAGUUUGCAUAGAUGCUGGCCACAUGAGUGAAAACAAUCUAUAAUAGUCAGUGAAGCUUAAUGUCCUCUAAAAUUAACCAACUCAUAUAUCGGUUAGCUAUGUUAAAUUGCCUGUAAGCAUUUCGGCUCUAACGACUAGAAUAAAAGGCCUCGACAUAAACGAAAUAUGUUUCUUCCUAGACCUCAACUUAGGUGAAAUUCCCCCAGACCUAGAAGAUAUUUUGGUAAAGAGGUUGGAUGUACCACACAGCAGAUCUGGCAACAAUGAGUAUGGCUGGGUAAAAGUGGGAAACGCGGCAGGAAUCUCAGGUCAUGAGCUUAAGUUCUACAAGACUGAGUAUCAGAGGCCAAACGGAAGUCCGACAAAGCUGUUACUUGAAAAGUUAGGAAGCCAAGGAAAGACAAUUUCAUAUCUAAUAGAUGUGCUCCAGGCACCUGUAGUACAACUUGAUAGUGUGGCUGCAUCAAUUAUAAGACAUCGUGUAACAAGAGUGUGAAACGGGAUUUGAGUAUUUUGUGAAUAAUAAUGACUGUUUAUAUAAAAGAUUUUAUUUUUCAUUUGCAGUCUCAGGAUCUUUUUGGUAUUUACAACUAUUUCGAGAAAGGUUAUCGGAAAAAGUGGUUUUGAGUUCGCUGUUCUUCAAAGAAAUUUAAAAGAAUGGCACGAGAGGCCAUGGACGUAUGCAAUGGCUCUUGACGUAUGUUUGCGCGUGCUAAAGGAAAGCAACAAAAGAAGUUUUGACAGCUACAGUGUCUUGAAUAGUUUAUUAAUCUUAUCCCAUGUUACCUUUUGGGAUCGUCGCGUGCACAUCUUUGCCGACAACCUUUCUCGAAAUAGAUGUAUAUAUAAUUUUACACGCAUCGUUAACUUUGCUUGAUUUGUAUUUUUGAAAAUCAUUGAA